UCUGAGGAAAGCCUGGAAAUCGGUAUCGUGUUCACCUACCCUGGAAGCGCCUCUGCGAGGCACAGAGAAGGUUUCUCAUGGCGCCGCCCCUGGCCCUGCUCCCGGCGGCUGGAGGCGGGAAGUCUGGGCCCGGACGGAAGAGCAACGGCAGCUCAGGGACUGUGAGCUUCGCGGACGUAGCCGUGUACUUCUCCCGGGAGGAGUGGGGGUUGCGGCCCGCGCAGCGCGCCCUGUACCGGGACGUGAUGCGGGAGACCUACGGCCACCUGGGCGCGCUCGGACUCUCAGGGCCCAAACCCGCUUUUAUCUCCUGGGUGGAAGGAGAGGCGGAGGCAUGGAGCUCGGUGGCCGAGGACCCAAGGGGCGGGAGCCCAGCGGCUGUCAAAGGAGAGAAGGGGAAGGUGGCAGGAUCCAGGGAGGGGAGUGAAGAGAAAGAAAGGCUGAAGAAGAAAUCAAAGCAAAAAGAGAUGGCACACCAAGGAGCGGCUCUCAAGGAGUGGUUGUCAUCUUGCACGCCGCCUGACUCCAGUCACAAAGCUGGCUGCCCAGAGCUCCGCUGGGAUUCCAGGGCCAGCCCCAUCAAGCCUUGGCCCAAGCACACUCCAGAUUGCAGACUACCCUACUCUUGCCCAGACUGUGACCGAAACUUCAGCUACCCCUCACUCUUGGCCAACCACAAGCGGGUCCACUCUGGGGAACGACCCUUUCCCUGUGACCAGUGUCAGGCCCGUUUCUCCCAGCGCAAGUACCUGCUCCAGCAUCAGUUCACCCACACAGGUGAAAAGCCCUACCCCUGCCCUGAUUGUGGGCGAUGCUUUCGCCAGAGGGGCUCCCUGGCCAUCCACAGGAGAACUCACACUGGGGAAAAGCCCUACCCGUGUCCAGACUGCAAGAGUCGUCUUACUUACCCCUCCCUGCUGGCCAUCCACCAACGCAAGCACACUGGCGAAAAGCCCUACAGCUGGCCCAGCGGCAGCCUCCAUCUUGCCUACCCCUCCCUGCUGGCUAUCCACAGCGCACACACAGGUGAGAAGCCCUACCCCUGCCCCGACUGUGGCCUCCGCUUUACCUACUCUUCUCUCCUCCUCAGUCACCGGCGCAUCCACUCUGAUAGGCGGCCCUUCCCCUGCCCAGAGUGUGGUGAGGGCUUCAAGCGCAAGUAUGCCCUGGUAGCCCACCAGUGGGUCCAUCGCUCUGUGGACAGGGCGAGGUGGCAGCAACCUGCAGUACCGCUUUCCGAGUCAGUCCCUGUCUUGGGAAGCCAGGAUCCCCCAGUUCAUUUCCGGUACUUUCCAGAUAUACUUCAAGAGUGUGGGUGAUGGAGCUCACACAAGAUGAUCAGUUUUGUCUGGAAAGAAAGAACAAGGCUUAUGCAUUUGAAGGACAAGAAAAGGGAGUGGGCAUUUAAGAGAACAAAGCUCUGUGUAAAAAAAAUGAGCGGAGGUGAGGGGUCACAGAGAAGGUCCAUUAGUAAAAAGAGGUAGGAAUCCAAAAGCCACCUGAGCGCUGAAAACCUGUUUUCUGAGGCUCUGGCUCCCGCUUCCCUGCAAACCACUCACUUACUUGACUUUUCUGUAUGAAUUCUUCUCUCACUUAGACCAUUCUUCUUUCUGCCUAUAUUUCUCCUGUUCUCAGAGAUGGGUCCCUUGAAGUCCCCUAAAGGUAAGAGCCUAUUAAAAGAGCCAGUACCCACUCUGGGGAUUCCCCUUGACUGGAAGCACACCUU